UGGAACUUUGUCUCCAAAGUCCAAAAUGAGAGAAAAAGGAAAGGAACCCCCAUAUUAACGUUUUCAUCGAACCCAAACAACGACCAAUCUUCUCUGUCUCCAUUCUCUUUCCUGCCCUACAAACCGCUUAUUAUUUGACAAUUUUCUCUCUUCGAUCAGCCUCUCCACAUGGAUCCAGACCCCCCUCUUCACGAGACCUACAAGCCCCUCUUCGACAACACCAAAAUCUCUUCAAACAACCGCCGCCGCCUUGUCACGGUGGAGGAACGCGACCUUCCAUCGAUUGAUCUCAGCCGUUUAAGCCAGAACGAGCUGGAGAAAGAAAAGUGCAAGGAAGAGAUGGCUAGGGCAGCACAUGAAUGGGGCUUUUUUCAAGUCAUAAACCAUGGGAUCUCCAUGGAGUUAUUGGAGAAGUUGAGAGAGGAGCAAGUGAGAGUGUUCAAACAACCUUUCCAAAACAAGUGCAGAGAAGACAAGUUCCUUAAUUUCUCCGCUGGCAGUUACCGUUGGGGCACUCCAACUGCUACUUCGAUAGGGCAGUUAUCAUGGUCUGAAGCUUUCCACAUCCCCAUGACCGAUAUCUCAAGCUCAUCAAUGGAGCCGUUUGCAACAAAAGUUGCUAGUGUUGCUCAGAAACUAGCUGAAAUUUUGGCAGAGAAGUUAGGUCAUAAAUCGACUUUUUUCCAGGAAAGUUGUUUGCCAAGCACUUGCUAUCUCCGACUGAACAGAUACCCACCUUGUCCCAUUCCUUUAGACAUUUAUGGUAUAACGCCACACACCGACAGCGACUUCAUCACUAUAUUGCGUCAAGAUCAGGUUGGAGGUUUGCAAUUAGUGAAAGAUGGGAAAUGGAUUUCUGUUAAACCCAAUCCCGAUGCUUUAAUCAUCAACAUUGGAGAUUUAUUUCAGGCUUGGAGCAAUGAUUUUUAUACAAGUGUUGAACAUUGUGUGGUCACGCAUCCAACAAAAGAAAGGUUUUCGGCUGCAUAUUUCCUGUGCCCAUCUAAUGAGACGGUGAUAGAGAGUUGCAGUAACCCCUCGGUUUACACCAAGUUUAGCUUUAGGGAAUAUAUGCAGAAAGUCCAGGAUGAUGUUCAACUAUAUGGUUAUAAAGUAGGGCUCCCCAGGUUUCUUCCAUAACGAUUGUCACCAACUCAAAAAUGUCAAUUGCAAUUUGCAUCUUCUACUAUAUACACUAAGGUCAUUGUUGUACAAAUCUUAACGUUCUCUUUACUUUAAGAAGCAUAAGUAUAAUUAACUCUAUAAAUAAGUUAA